GUGUUGUACGUUUUCAGACUGGAUCUUUCUCUCCGUUCUUGUAUGCGCAGUGAUUGAUUGGAGGAGUUCAUAGGCUGGCACCCCCAUCGUGUUUCCAGCCGCUCACGCUUCACAUGAUUGGUCCGCCUCCCGCAGUCUCAGCCACCAGAAGCACCUCCUCUCAUAAACCUCGUCAGAGCGGAGCAGCGUUUCCCAUUAGACUUCCAGGAGAAGCACAGGCUCACAAUUACGGACUUUGCUUGCGACUUAUGGCACACGACUAACCAACAGGGUAGACGACUCCCUCACCAUUUUUGUUAACCCCUACGGUGUAUGGAAAGUGCUCCUGGAUGGACCUGGGCGAUAACAGCUGGUCCAUGGUGAAGCGAGAAGUAUCCAGCAGCCCAGGGUCACCGGCUGAACAGACCUACCUGCCCGGUGACAGCAGGAGGGACGGUCACACCCCUGAUGAGCUGAGGACACCGGCGCCUCCGAGCGAGCUUGACGCACUAGGGCAUCGCCGCUCCGACGGCAGAUCACUACACUCCUACGUUCACUUCGGACACCAUAACAACACCCUGACCACCGAGGACAUCCCGCUGUUUACGGAUUUAGACCAGGGCAGCAAACUCGUCCUCUCCAGCGGAGCGCACAAAGCGAGCUUGCUAGUGGACCCAUCCGACAUGUACCAAACACUGGCCAUCGCCGCAGCCCAGAGCCAGACUGGAUAUGAUUCCUCCUCUGGCGGUUAUAUGCACUCCAACCCCAACUCUCCCGUAUAUGUGCCCAGCUCCCGGGUGGGCUCCAUGAUACCCAGCCUCUCUUAUCUACAAGCCAGCGGCCCUGCGCAGCCCAGCCACGGCGUCUCCAGCCACUCGGUCUGGUCGCAAUCCACCCCGGAGAGCCCUUCGUACAGCACCGGGAGCCCGCACACCUCCAGCCGGUUCCACUACCCUCCAAGCCCGCCUAUGAAUAACGGGACGCCCAGGGACAGCGGCUACAGUAAUACGCUGAAUGUGAGCAGCAGAGACCAAUACGGCCUCUCUCGGCCCCUCAACGGAGCCUACCCGAGUCCAUACUCUCCGUAUGUGGCACCACAGCUGUCCCAGUUGUCCUCGCCUUGGCCCGGGGGACCUUUUGAUAACACGAUGCUGCACACCUUGCAGAGCAGAGGUGCGCCCUUGAUUCGAGGACCAAAUGGAGUUUCAGAGAUUUUGGAUGACAUGGGGGAGAGCAGAGAGUGCGUCAACUGCGGCUCCAUCUCCACGCCGCUCUGGAGGCGCGACGGCACGGGCCACUUUCUCUGCAACGCCUGCGGCCUUUACAGCAAAAUGAAUGGGCUGAGCCGGCCAUUAAUUAAACCACAGAAACGGACGUCAACGUCCAGAAGGAUCGGCCUGUCUUGCGCUAACUGUCAAACCAGCACGACUACUUUGUGGCGCAGAAACGCGGAGGGGGAGCCGGUGUGUAAUGCGUGCGGACUCUACACGAAAUUACACGGGGUACCUCGGCCACUCGCCAUGAAGAAAGAGGGAAUCCAGACAAGAAAAAGAAAGCCGAAAACCUUGAAUAAAACGAAGGGGUCCUCUGGAAAUAACAACGCUGUGUCUAUGACUCCAACGUCCACCUCUUCAUCCAAUUCUGAGGACUGCUCGAAAACCAGCUCUCCGUCUGGGCAGGUGUCAGGGGUCAGUUCAUCUGUGCUGUCCAGCUCAGGGGAGGGAACAGGCUCUGGAUCAGCAGUGAAGUACCCGGGACAGGAUGGCCUGUACACCAGCGUGAGUCUGUCCCAGCCUUCAGAUGUAGCUCCAGUGAGGGGUGAACCCUGGUGCCCCUUGGCUUUAGCUUGAACAUCUAAAUCUUUGAGAGGACAGCAUUUUCCUGGACCCUCUGUCUGGAUGUUAAGUAGUGUGGAAGUAUUCGGGGGCAAUGUUUUUUUUCCUUCCUCACAGCUGAUACAAGAAGAGGUGGACAGAUGGAAAAGAAGGGUGAUCUUCAGUCACACUGCAAGCUUGAACCGAGUGUGGAAUAUGUGGGUUUCAGAUUGGUGUGGGGGAUCUUGUUGCCUUAAAAAAACACAAAGGGAAUCUUCUGGGAUGAGGCCAGAUGAUCAAUCAGGUGGCCGGGCUGUGGAUGGUUUCUGGACCUAUCGUGCACUCGAUAUCUCUUCCAUCCAUGGCACAGAACCAAAUGUUGGUUCUCAAACGAAAGCCAUCGUGUAUAUAAUGGAUUUCCUCUCUGAAGAAAACGCUGGUGAUUGGAUCCCGGUGCUUCAUAAAGCGCUAUAUUCUUUAAGAACAUUAAGAUUUUUUUGUUUUUUCUUUCCACAACUGGAAUCACACCACAAGUGCCAAGACAACUUUUAUGAAUCAAAAGAAAAAAAAUAUUUAUAAAUCUUCCAUUGUUGAAAACAUGGCUAUGAUUGUUAAUAAAGAUAUCAAUAUAGAGUAGAAGUUAAACCAUUCUGAUGUCUUCUUUUCUAAUUUUUGUUUCUUUUUAAGUGGUUGUUUUUAAGUAGUACAGUAGUGUUGAAUAUGCACAUGUUUUCCACUGAAAGCUCUUACUGUAUUUGACUGAAACUAGUUUGGUUUAAACAGGGUAUCAAUGACUAUGUCAUCUAGUAUUUUUGUUUAAUUAUUUUCAAAAAAUGCAAAUAAUCAGUUUCUCCAGACUAAUUUUUAAUAUUGAAACAUUGUAAGCUGUUGGGUAACAGUAAAGGACAGAUUCACAAUUUUUGAAGUCUGUCUUACAACAACAGUCAUUUGCUGAAAUGAACACUGAAAUAGGUUUUGUUAGCUGUAAUCAUUCUUCCUGUUCAUACUGACCAUCAGAAGAUCCCCUCCAAAUGUGAUUACAGUGUGAGUGAUAAGGGACAGUCCUUGUUUUCAAUAAAAAUGUAUUCAAAGGUUUAUCUUAAGAUAAUAUUAGGCAUCAAUUGUCUUAGGUAGUAAAAUAAAGAGGGUAUCUUCCCCAGUCUUUUUAUUUAAAUAAAUCCUCUUUGUAUUUCCACAGUAAAUGUUUUCCUGUUGAACUACCUGUUGAAGGAUAAUAUCAGAAAGAGGCAAUUUGGCACUAAAAAGAUGUUGAAACAUUGAACACUUCUGACUAAUUUGGAUGAGCAAAGUCUUAUAUGAGCUUCAAAUAAACUUGCAUUGAAAGUGCAUUAUGAAGGGGUCUUCUAAUGGCCAGUAUGAACAGUGAUUGAUUACAGGAAGAAAAAAAAGUGUCAGUGUUUAUCUGGGCACAUGACUGUUAUUUUAGGACAGACCUGAAAAAUUGUGAACCUGUCCUUUAAGGUACUAUUCUUAUAGCCAUGGUGGACUAAGAGCAGAGCUACAAAAACUCUUUUACACGUGAAGCAGUUCAAUGGCUUGUUUGAACAAAGCACACCCAGAAUAGCUGUGGGCCUACACACACUGACCUUUAUGUAUGUUUAAGACAUAAACUGCGAAAGAAGACUGUUGGCUGCUUUACCUGACUCUAUAAACCUUCCACACUGCACACAAUCUGUUUCAUAAUUUUUACACUAAAAUUAAAGCAAAGUGAAGGGUGAGGUCACCUCUGAACAAAUCCAUGCUGCGGUGAUGCCUUUAACUAAUCCAUGUAAGGGUUAAAGGGAGUGUAAUGGCCUAAUAGUUUAACAUGAUGAAGCACAAAAGUGGACGAUUGAAACCAAUUCCAAUACUUUUUUCCCCCAUCAGAAUGUAUCCCCAAGUGGCAUAAAAAUUUGAAUGGUAUGUUUGAUUCUUCACACUGUACGUCUCCAUGUCCUGCAGCAAUAGUUGUGGGUGGAGUCUCGUUGCAAAUAGCCAUUUUGGACCACAAAACAAUUCUUUGCUUCAGCUACAUGUUAAACUAAACUAAACUAGCAAAAAAGGGGUAAAUGCUUAUAUUUAACACACUUCAUCCAAAAAAAAAGAGCAUGUCAUUCAUUCUUCUGGACUUAUUUAUUUUCUUUGGAAAUAUAAUGUUUAUUUUAGCA